AUAAACGACACAUAUGAACGAUCUUGGAGUAGUUUUAAAAUGUCUUUGCUAGCGUCAGCCCUACAAUUGAACCAAUCACCGACGAAGGGGCGUUGACUAAGGCUAUCGAACUUCGGCUUGCCUGCAGGAGAAGAAAAAAAAUGUCGUGUGCACGAACAUCCGACAAAAACCGUUACCGAAGACCAAAACCGUCACAAAAUGUCGUCAUAAUAUAUGCCGUACCGAACUGUUUUGGAUGCGAAGCAUGCGGUUAUUAGACGGGAGAGUGACACACACAUAUAUUCUUGCCUGAACAACCGGGACCCGAAUUAGCUAUUGUGCUAAACCGAGUCGCUGCUAACUAGCUAGCUGGUUAUCGUGUGUUUUAGUCAGACAUUUAGCUAACGUUAGCUAAGGAUACAGAGUACAUACCACCUGAAUACCCUUUCUCAGGUUGCAAGCACGUCCUAGCUAGUUAGCCAUGUUGACUUGUAGCGAACAUUAACUACACCGAUUUAAGUCAACGUUUGCUAGCUAAAAUGCAGUCACACAGGCUACAAGUUAUCUGCUAACGCGUUAGCUAGCUAAGGUUAUUUCGGUUCGGCUACGGUAGGCAGGGGUCUGUCCUGUUUGCCCUCCGAUUUGGGGUUUGCUUUCAUCUGUCAAACUGAGGAUUCACAAACCCGGUGGCUGUCGAAGGUGUGACGUCAUCGCCCGGUGCUCUUCAUCGAGGAGCCGGGAUCUGAUUGGUCCGUUUGGGUUGCGGCUGGCGGGCUGGCUCCUCCCCCUCCCGGCGGCAGCGUGCGUUCCCAGCUGCCUCCCUGCACCCCACGCUCGCCCGGCCUGCUCGCCCAUGCCCCCGCCACCCCCACCAGGCCCUCCAACGCCAUGUGCCUUCCCCACACCAUGGAAGCAGCAACGGGGAAGCACGGAGCGAGCCAGGCAGGGUUAGGCCUCGGGGGGCUGGGGCUGGGCCAGGGGGGACGGCGGUGUGGAGGGGUACCACUAGAGCCCUUCGUACACCAGGUGGGAGGGCACACCAGUAUGAUGCGUUACGACGACCACACGGUGUGUAAACCCCUCAUCAGCCGGGAGCAACGCUUCUACGAGUCGCUGCCUCCUGAGAUGAAGGAGUUUACACCGGAGUACAAAGGCAUGGUUUUGGUGUGUUUUGAGGGGGAUAUGGACGGUUACAUCAACCUGGUGGCGUACCCGUACGUGGAGAGCGAGAUCCUGGACCACGAGGACCUACCGGAGAGGGAGCAACCCCGGAGGAAACACUCCCGACGCAGCCUCCACCGCUCCACCUCCGAGAUCAAAGAGGAAAGGCUACCGCACGAGAGUGACAGCACUGAGAAUCUCCAGGAGCUGAAAAGUCCUCGUCUAGAGCUCCAGAUCUACAGUGAUAUUCCCUUCCAGAUGCUGGAUAAUAACAGCGGCCUGGGCUCAGAGAAGAUCAGCCACAACCCCUGGAGUCUCCGCUGUCACAGGCAACAGCUCAGUCGCAUGAGAUCAGAGUCCAAGGACAGGAAGCUCUACAAGUUUCUGCUCCUUGAGAACGUGGUUCACCACUUCAGCUACCCGUGCAUCCUGGACCUGAAGAUGGGCACGCGGCAGCACGGGGACGACGCCUCGGAGGAGAAAGCAGCCAGGCAGAUGCAGAAGUGUGAGCAGAGUACCUCCGCCACCCUGGGGGUACGUGUCUGUGGGAUGCAGGUUUACCAGAUGGAUACGGGCCACUAUCUGUGCAGGAACAAGUACUACGGCCGCAGCCUGUCCAUCGAGGGUUUCCGUCACGCCCUCCACCAAUACCUGCACAACGGGGCGUCGCUCAGGAAGGACCUGUUUGAGCCCAUGCUGUGUCAGUUACGCAGCCUGAAGGCCGUUCUGGAGAGACAGACCACCUACCGUUUCUACUCAUCCUCCCUGCUCAUCAUCUAUGAGGGGAAGGAGCCUGAGCUGGCCUACGUCUGGCAGAAAGCACCACAGGAGACCUGGCAGCAGAAAGCAGCAUCACCACCACAGGCCCCGGCUAAUCCCUUGGAAAACCAAAAAACACCAGCACCACAACCAGCAGCUGAGCUGCCCUCAGAGAAGGAGGUGGCAGUCAACCCAGGGCAAGGAAUCCAGGGUGUCCAUGCGCAGGGGUUAGGAGUGGGAGUGGGGCUCCAAGGCGGUGUCCUCCAAGGUGUCCAAGGACCAGGGUUAGGAGUGGGAGUGGGGCUCCAAGGCGGAGUCCUCCAAGGUGUCCAAGGACCAGGGUUAGGAGUGGGAUUGGGGCUCCAAGGCGGUGUCCUCCAAGGUGUCCAUGGACCAGGGUUAGGAGUGGGGCUCCAAGGUGGAGUCCUCCAAGGUGUCCAAGGACCAGGGUUAGGAGUGGGGCUCCAAGGUGGAGUCCUCCAAGGUGUCCAAGGACCAGGGUUAGGAGUGGGGCUCCAAGGUGGAGUCCUCCAAGGUGUCCAAGGACCAGGGUUAGGAGUAGGAGUGGGGCUCCAAGGCGGAGUCCUCCAAGGUGUCCAAGGACCAGGGUUAGGAGUGGGGCUCCAAGGUGGAGUCCUCCAAGGUGUCCAUGGACCAGGGUUAGGAUUGGGGCUCCAAGGCGGUGUCCUCCAAGGUGUCCAAGGACCAGGGUUAGGAGUGGGGCUCCAAGGCGGUGUCCUCCAAGGUGUCCAAGGACCGGGGUUAGGAGUGGGGCUCCAAGGCGGAGUCUUCCAAGGUGUCCAAGGACCAGGGUUAGGAGUGGGAGUGGGGCUCCAAGGCAGAGUCCUCCAAGGGGCCCAAGGACCAGGGUUAGGAGUGGGAGUGGGGCUCCAAGGUGGAGUCCUCCAAGGUGUCCAAGGAUCAGGGUUAGGAGUGGGGCUCCAAGGUGUCCAAGGACCAGGGUUAGGAGUGGGAGUGGGGCUCCAAGGCGGAGUCUUCCAAGGGGCCCAUGGACUGACAGAAGCCCCUCUCCAGCUGCCCCAGGCCCUACCACCUACACCAGACUGCCCCCCCACGCCCGUCCCAACCCCUCCACAGCCACAGAAGCUCAACCAGGAGCCUCUCCAGCCCCUUCCACCCCAGCCCUCAGACCCCCACGCACCCCCUCCCCCACUACCACUCCCCUCCACCCCGGGCAUCAGUGUGGACGUCCGCAUGAUAGACUUUGCCCACAGCACCUUCAAAGGUUUCCGCGACGACCAGACGGUGCAUGACGGGCCGGAUCGGGGCUACGUGUUUGGAUUGGAGAGCCUCAUCAAGAUCCUAGAGGGCCUCCGAGAGGAGAACCUGUAGUAGCCGAACCUGGGACUGACGAAUUGGCCGUGUCUCAAAUGGAUGGUACCCCCUAUUCGUUAUGUAGUACACUACUUUUGAACAGGGCCCAUUGGGUGUUAACGCGUCUUCUUUCUCUUGAAUUUUUAUUAUUAUUUUUUAAAUAAAACCCAGGGUGCAUCCAAAAAAGGGAAGCCGUACUCCUAUAAGGAUCUGGUCUAAAGUAGUGUACUAUGUAGGGAAUAGGGUGCCAUUUGGGAUGUUCGAUGAUGAUGGUUCAGGAGAAGAAGACUGGAACAUCUUCAGAUUUCCUCCUCUCCCUCAGUGCUACUACUCACUACCCUGUCCUCAAUGAUUCUGUUUUGGAGCAAGAAAAGCACAUUUAUCUGUAAUAAGACGGACCUGAUGGAGCAGUGAUCUGUAAUAAGGAGGACCUGAUGGAGCAGUGAUCUGUAAUAAGGAGGACCUGAUGGAGCAGUGAUCUGUAAUAAGGAGGACCUGAUGGAGCAAUGAUCUGUAAUAGGGAGGACCUGAUGGAGCAGUGAUCUGUAAUAAGGAGGACCUGAUGGAGCAGUGAUCUGUAAUAAGGAGGACCUGAUGGAGCAGUGAUCUGUAAUAAGGAGGACCUGAUGGAGCAGUGAUCUGUAAUAAGGAGGACCUGAUGGAGCAGUGAUCUGUAAUGAGGAGGACCUGAUGGAGCAGUGAUCUGUAGUAAGGAGGACCUGAUGGAGCAGUGAUCUGUAAUAAGGAGGACCUGAUGGAGCAGUGAUCUGUAAUAAGGAGGACCUGGUGGAGCAGUGAUCUGUAAUAAGGAGGACCUGGUGGAGCAGUGAUCUGUAAUAAGGAGGACCUGAUGGAGCAGUGAUCUGUAAUAAGGAGGACCUGGUGGAGCAGUGAUCUGUAAUAAGGAGGACCUGGUGGAGCAGUGAUCUGUAAUAAGGAGGACCUGAUGGAGCCGUGGUCUGUAAGGAGGACCUGAUGGAGCCGUGAUCUGUAGUAAAGAGGACCUGAUGGAGCCGUGGUCUGUAAGGAGGACCUGAUGGAGCCGUGGUCUGUAAGGAGGACCUGAUGGAGCCGUGGUCUGUAAGGAGGACCUGAUGGAGCCGUGGUCUGUAAGGAGGACCUGAUGGAGCAGUGAUCUGUUAUAAGGAGGACCUGAUGGAGCGGUGAUCUGUAAUAAGGAGGACCUGAUGGAGCAGUGGUCUGUAAGGAGGACCUGAUGGAGCAGUGAUGGAAUGGAGGAAAGGCCCGGGGUAUGUCUAUGCUACUGUCUGACAGUAAAGGUGAAAGGCUGUGACCUUAGACUGUAAAUGUCACUCCUUUCUGACUGUUGUGCUCCUAGAAUUAGAGACACAUGAGGAACUUAAAGGGAGCAUCUACAAGCCGUGUGUGUAUCCUAUCAAUUCCUCCUGGACAGAAAUGGCUGCCAUUCCUCUGAGGGAAACAUAAAAAGGGAAAUGUCUGCCUUGUGGGUUUUGUCGCCACCGAGUGGCCAACUGGAGUAUUGCACUGAAGAAAAGGCACAGGAUGGGUUUGAUUUUGAAGGUAGUGAAGCCACUGCUCAGGGAAAGUCCAGGUCCUGUCUCGGGGCCCAAAUGGCACCCAUCAACUUUUAUAGUGCACUACUUUUGACCAGGACCCACAGGGAAACCCAUAGGGCUCUGGUCAAAAGUAGUGCACUAUAAAAGUUGAUGGGUGCCAUUUGGGGACACAGACCCUGUCUCUGCUGUGGGACUGGUACAGAGACUGUCUCUGCUGUGGGACUGGUACAGAGACUGUCUCUGCUGUGGGACUGGUACAGAGACUGUCUCUGCUGUGGGACUGGUACAGAGACUGUCUCUGCUGUGGGACUGGUACAGAGACUGUCUCUGCUGUGGGACUGGUACAGAGACUGUCUCUGCUGUGGGACUGGUACAGAGACUGAAGUGUGUGUAUACGUCAAUAUGUGUUAAGGGACAGUGGGGUGGGGGGGGGGAGUCCCCAUACAGCUGUAGUCCCUAGUCUCCAUACAGCUGUAGUCCCUAGUCUCCAUACAGCUGUAGUUCCUAGUCUCCAUACAGCUGUAGUCCCUAGUCUCCAUACAGCUGUAGUCCCUAGUCUCCAUACAGCUGUAGUCCCUAGUCUCCAUACAGCUGUAGUCCCUAGUCUCCAUACAGCUGUAGUCCCUAGUCUCUAUACAGCUGUAGUCCCUAGUCUCCAUACAGCUGUAGUCCCUAGUCUCCAUACAGCUGUAGUCCCUAGUCUCCAUACAGCUGUAGUCCCUAGUCUCCAUACAGCUGUAGUCCCUAGUCUCCAUACAGCUGUAGUCCCUAGUCUCCAUACAGCUGUAGUCCCUAGUCUCCAUACGGCUGUAGUCCCUAGUCUCCAUACGGCUGUAGUCCCUAGUCUCUAUACGGCUGUAGUCCCUAGUCUCUAUACGGCUGUAGUCCCUAGUCUCUAUACGGCUGUAGUCCCUAGUCUCCAUACGGCUGUAGUCCCUAGUCUCCAUACGGCUGUAGUCCCUAGUCUCCAUACGGCUGUAGUCCCUAGUCUCCAUACGGCUGUAGUCCCUAGUCUCCAUACGGCUGUAGUCCCUAGUCUCCAUACGGCUGUAGUCCCUAGUCUCCAUACGGCUGUAGUCCCUAGUCUCCAUACGGCUGUAGUCCCUAGUCUCCAUACGGCUGUAGUCCCUAGUCUCCAUACGGCUGUAGUCCCUAGUCUCCAUACGGCUGUAGUCCCUAGUCUCCAUACGGCUGUAGUCCCUAGUCUCCAUACGGCUGUAGUCCCUAGUCUCCAUACGGCUGUAGUCCCUAGUCUCCAUACGGCUGUAGUCCCUAGUCUCCAUACGGCUGUAGUCCCUAGUCUCCAUACGGCUGUAGUCCCUAGUCUCCAUACGGCUGUAGUCCCUAGUCUCCAUACGGCUGUAGUCCCUAGUCUCCAUACGGCUGUAGUCCCUAGUCUCCAUACGGCUGUAGUCCCUAGUCUCCAUACGGCUGUAGUCCCUAGUCUCCAUACGGCUGUAGUCCCUAGUCUCCAUACGGCUGUAGUCCCUAGUCUCCAUACGGCUGUAGUCCCUAGUCUCCAUACGGCUGUAGUCCCUAGUCUCCAUACGGCUGUAGUCAACUAGUCUCCAUACGGCUGUAGUCAACUAGUCUCUAUACAGCUGUAGUCCCUAGUCUCCAUACAGCUGUAGUACUAUCAGGGGUUUAAUAGAUGAGCAGCUUUGCUUACAGGCUGAUGUUUGUCAUGAAAGUGUAAAGAAAGCAAGGGUUAAUAAAUGCUUGUCCCUGCUUGAUAAGAGGUUGAAAAAUAAAUAAAACCCAGGGUACCUCUGAAAAUGGCACCCUAUUCCCUAAUGUAGUGCACUACUUUAAGACCAGAGCCCUAUGGGUAGUCAAAGGUAGUGCACUACAUAGGGACUAGGCCCCAGCCUUCAGGCUUCAAUUGAAAUAUAGCACAGCUCUGUGUCUCCACGUGGUCAUCUAAUUUAUUAACAGGUCACAGUUUUAUUAUGUUGCUUUUUAUGGUUAGUAUCUUGCUUAUUCCGUUCUAAUAGAGGCACCGACCGUUUCAUUUAAAGGUAUCCAACUCAUUUUCGAACGUUGCCAUGGGCACAGCCAAACAACGGAAGUGAUUGAUUCAACUUCCACUUUACUUCCCUACUGCUGUGCGCCAGUGGCAAACUUGCCAGAGUAAUUUAUUUGAGUCAGAGAAUAAAAGUCAAGUAAAUAAGUGUAAUGUUAUAUUAUUGAAUUCGAGUUUGCUAACGUUAGCUUGACCUACCGGUAGGCUAGUUCUGUUGUGAUGAUAACGUUAGCUUGACCUACCGGUAGGCUAUUUCUGUUGUGAUAAUAGCGUUAGCUUGACCUACCGGUAGGCUAGUUCUGUUGUGAUAAUGACGUUAGCUUGACCUACCGGUAGGCUAGUUCUGUUGUGAUAAUGACGUUAGCUUGACCUACCGGUAGGCUAGUUCUGUUGUGAUAAUGACGUUAGCUUGUCCUACCGGUAGGCUAGUUCUGUUGUGAUAAUGAUGUCAGCUAGACCGGCCGGCAGGCUAGUUCUGUUGUGAUAAUGACAUUAGCUUGACCUACCGGCAGACUAGUUCUGUUGUGAUAAUGACGUUAGCUUGACCUACCGGUAGGCUAGUUCUGUUGUGAUAAUGACGUUAGCUUGAUCUACCGGGAGGCUGGUUCUGUUGUGGCAGAGUUAAGGCCCGGGCCAUCCACCAAGCCAAUAACUAUAUUGAUGAACUAUAGGCUACAUAACUAUAAAACGUUGGUGAGCAUCCACGCUGGAGGGAAGUUUGUUUUACCGUUUUACAGUGCUACACCUGUCAAUCCUGCUGCACGCCGCUAUUAAUAAAGUGGGUAACACAAGACCAUGCAGUGUUUUCAGGGUGUUUGUCAUAGUGAGAACCGCAAAUAAUAGGCGACUUCAAUGUACAUGUCCGCCUAAUGGAAAAACAAUAUAUCAACUUGUAUUUAAAUGUAGCAUUUCAACCACAAACGCUGUUUAGUCUGCACAUCUUUUACAGCAUGUCAUUGCCUCGUUGCUCAAGUGGUUUCCAUUUUUGUGUGUGUGUGUGGGGGGGGGGGGGGGGGGGGGGGGGUCUUUUUCACUGUUCUCAUCUCUGUCCUGUGCAACUCUUUUGUAAUGCAUCAGUACAGAGCAAUGUUAUCACGUGGCCAAAAGUGAUCCCACCAAUGUCACGGUCUCUCUUCAACUUCCCUCACCAUCAUUUUAUCAUUUUAUAUGCUUUAGGCCUGUUUUUACAUUCAGCAAUUAGCAAUAUCAAGGCUGUUUCUUUCCCCAAACAGCUUAUUAGGCCUAGAAUAAAAACAGAUCGAAAUAAAUGUCCUGUCACUUAUGUAGCCUAUUUCUUUUCCUGGCAUUUCACGAGAAGAGGCAUGGCGUAUUGCGGAGAGGCUUGCGUAGCCUAUAGCCUGUUGCGCACAGGUACUUCUGGAAGAGAGAGGCUAGUGAAUUGUAUCUGAAGGAAGAAGCAAAAUGUUAGCUAGAUAUUAACCUGCCAAAGUGCCAGAAAAAUAAGUUAACAGAUGAUGAAAGGGCAGAUGCGUAGGUUAGUUCCUCCAGGCUGUGCCCUGUGGUCCCCGACUCGUAAAGCUUCACUAUUGAUCAGUCCUACAUCGUUAGACAAUAACAUUAUUCUACCUGGGCUGCAACAGUGCAAUGAGGAAUGUAUUAUUAUCUAGUGAGUAUAACAUUUUAUAAACAUUUUUGUUCAUAGGCUGUAGUGAUGUAGGCUCAUUUGAGUAACCGCUCACACUUCCGGUUUUUGUUUCCUGCCGAAAUAACAGCCUAGGUCAUUUUUACGUAACCGUCUGUGUCUAUUCUUCACAGUUGAGAAGGUCCAGAAAGGUACAUUAACAGGCCACUCAUAUGGUGUUAGACCUAUUUUGUCAGGAUGAAGCCCUGUGUUGAGAUAUGCCUACUAUAGGAAAGUAUCCAGCUUCUCCUUUUAUAUUACACUCCGCCCGUUAAAUGCUGUUUUACAUUCAGCAAACAAGGGUGCAAUCUCUCCUCCAAUGGGCUAUCGGUAGGCGAAAGGAAACAAGUGAGGAACGAGCUUUUGUUGUCUGGCUUUUCCUGGGACUCCGCAUGAUUUAAGAGGAAUAGCCGUGGCAGCGGAGAGGACAGGUGCGUCAUUGCGCCACACAACAAUGAACACCGACAGGCUCCAGAUGUAGCCUGGAUCCUAAAUUAGAAGCGUACGCAUAUUAGCCAAUAAUUCAUGUGCUCAGUGUAAGGCUUAAUGCUGCAGUGAAAUAUCCAGUUUCAAGUGAGUGGAAAACUGCACUGAAUAGCCUAUGUCAUUUGAAUAACACUUCAAAAGCCUGCCGUUUAAAAAAAAAUGCAUAUUCAUUUCGAAAUAACUGCAUCUAGCCUGCCUGAUUGGGAAACCAUUUGGUUGUUCUCGGCAGUUUAGCCUAAAAGGUCCAGGCUCAUUAGCAGGACAGUAGAAUGGUGUAUCAGCUAACAGGAACGUGGUAAUGCAGGGAUUUUUAUUUUUUUUAUUAUGAUAAUGUUGAAGUUGUAUCCAUAGUUUCAGUGUUUUGGCGUCCGUGUUUAAAAAGCGUUCGAAAAUGAGGUGGAUAUAGUAUUAUUUCAAUAUUUUUCUUUGUUUCUUUUUCCCCUCCCUUUACCAGAGUCUGGUAGUUAGGCCCGUCCCAGCCCAGGUAUACCAUUGGGACACUGUAUAACACAUAUCCUUUAGUCCAGACACAUUGAUGCCCAUCUCUGUUUUACAAACUAAGCCUUUUUCUCAUUUUAUGAUCCUUUUUAAUUUGCGCUGUAGAAGGUGUAUUGAAAGCUUGAUUCUUUCUUAUUUUUAUACUACUAGUUUUAUUUUGGGGGCGGUUAUGUCACGUCAAGGGGCAGACUAGAGACCUGGCUUCCAAUAGUAUUAUAAUAAUUUCAGGGUUUUAAUUAUAUAUAUAUAUAUAUAUAAUUAAAACCCUGCUAAAAGUAUUUGAAAUGAUUAUAAUACUAUAUAUAUAUAUAUAUAUAUAUAUAUAUAUAUAUAUAUAUAUAUAUAUAUUUAUAUAUAUAUAUAUAAAAAAGAAACAGGGUAUGUCUGAAAUUGCACCCUAUUGCCUGGCAAAAUGUAACCAAUAGAAUAGUCUCAGAACUGCAAAUCCCACCUAUGACCUGGCCCUCCAGGCAAGCGGGCUAAAGAGAAAGCAUAUGAACCCAGGCCCGCUACUCUCUCACCGCCGAUACACAGUGAACCCUUGUCCUCCAUCUUAGCACAUGUAGCAGAAUGAUAGACUCCACUCUCACCCUCUUCUUCUCCUCUGUCCUCUCCCAGCCCACUCACCAUAGUCUGUUAGUCUAGUGUCACUCAGUUGGUUAGGAUGUCUCUCUCUCUCUCUGUGUAGAUUGGUUGAACAAUGUAGCCAUAAGUCACUUUGAUACCUUUAAAAAAAAAAAAUGUGGAUUAUUUUUUUCUUCUUCUCUGCUCUGGCACGAUUGCAGGUCUCGUUUUAGUUUAAUAUCUUUGACAGGGUUUCAAAAUGCCCAGGUUUUCCACAUCCCAAUUGGAAGAUUCCCAGACUCAGAGGAUGAAAUAGGCUGGUUUUGGAUUUCCUGCUUAUCACGAAUUCUGGGGAUUUGGGGAAAGUUACCAGGAACACUUUGCUACUCUACUCUGACUACAAAGCACUCGGAUGCUGUUCAUAUCGUAUCUUUACGUCUAACUAAUAUUCUCUACUGCUACACAAAGCACACGAACUGACUUGGAUGUGGCCAGAACUGUAAAAACUCCAUUUCAACACAUGCAAUCCAAUGUUGAAAAACAGACACUGUAGAAUUACUGGUUUUCUAUUGUUUUAGAGUUCUAUCUAUAUCUACUACAUGCAGUCUGAUUCUAGAACCAAUUCUAGAACCAAAUCUGUGUGUGUUUCUAUUUGGCAUUAUGGAGAAAAUGUAGUCUCCCGCAAAAGUCACACUUCUCCUCGUCACAACUGUUAAAAAUUGUUGUUUUCUUACCCCCAGAGUUCCAAAUUCAUUCUUAUUUAUUCAAGACCUUUUCUUCAAACUCUAAUUAAAAUGGAAAAAAUAUGAUAAUGGAAUUUCCACCUGUGGGGAAGGGGGGCCUCUUUAUCAGUCUACUUGGCAGGGCUUUGUAAUGUGUUAUUGUCCAAAAAUAUAUUGUUCAGGUUGAUUAACCCAGAGAGGGGAAAAAAAUGCUUUGGAGGGACAAAGUUGGUUUUUAGAUGGAAGGAGAAAAAAAAUAUUUCAAGAUGCCAAAAUAAAUAUAUUUUCAAAGCAGCUUAUUAUCUUCCAAGAACAGGAAAUAGUUCAUUUGUUUUAACUUUUUUUUUUUUAAGUGGGCAUUUGUGUUAAAUUAAUAAGUCCACUAAAGAAAAAGAGAGUCUGUUGUUUUUGCACCACAGCGGAAAAACAAACCACGAAACGUGUGCUGUGUCAGAGACAAAGUAUCCAUUCGAAAUGGUGCCCUAUUCCUGCUAUAUAAUAGUGCACAACCUUUGACCUGAGCCCUAUGGGUCUUAGGUUAAAAGUAUGGCACUAUGAAGGGAAUAGGGUGCCAUUUUGAACUCACCCAAAGAUAAUAAAGGAAUAGUAAUACAAGAGGGGAAGAAUAAUCCAUAGGAGUCUAUAUAAAGGGAUCUGGAAGGAGAAACCAUAGGAGUCUAUACAAAGGGAUCUGGAAGGAGAAGAGUUCUCCUUCUGUGGUGGAUGUUAUUUGUCUUUACAUAGAUCUGAAAAAUUACUUGUAGAAGAAAAAAAUAUAUUACCCCCAAAAGUAUAUUUUUCCUUUUUGUUGUUGUUGCAUGGAUGGAUAUUUUUUUACGAAUUAUAAUAUGACAUCCUUAUGACCACUUUGAAUGUGAGCUAUAAAACCCAUUUAUUUAAGAAAUAAAUGUUUCUGUGUUGUC